AUGACGAUUAAGAAGAUGUGUCGCAGGAUGACAAACCAGUCGACAGCCAACCAGUCCAACACGAACAAGAAGGAGAAAGAGGAAAGCCAGCGAGAUGACAACACAGAGGUGGCGGAUAAAGAUGCCGGCCACUGCACCCGCAACUCCCACAACCUGCUCCUGGGACUCACCGUCAUGGGUGUUGUCAUGGGAGUGGUGUUUGGGAUGUUGCUGCGGUACAUGUCGGUGAAGGACAACUCCGCCCUCACUAUGGUUUCCUUCCCCGGAGAAAUCCUGAUGAGGAUGCUGAAGAUGCUCAUCCUUCCUCUGAUCAUCUCCAGCCUCAUCACAGGGCUGGCUGGUCUAGACGCCCGCUCCAGUGGCAGGAUGGGUAGCAGAGCCAUGGUGUACUACAUGACCACCACUGUAAUCGCUGCCAUCCUCGGGGUCAUCCUGGUGAUAGGGAUCCACCCGGGGAACCCCAAACUGAGGGGAGAGUCGUCGACCUCAGCCCCGAGGAACCAGGAGGUCAGCAGUCUGGACGCCUUCCUGGACCUGCUCAGAAACCUCUUCCCUGAGAACCUGGUGCAGUCCUGCUUCCAACAGGUUCAGACGGUGAUGAAAGCGGUGCCGGUCCCAGUACCAAACCAGACCGAGCCCAUCUUAGUGAACAGGAAGAAACUGGAGUACAAAUGGGGCAUGAACGUCCUCGGCCUGAUCGGCUUCUUCAUCACCUUUGGGAUCUGCAUGAGCAGGAUGGGCGAGCGGGGGAAGAUCAUGUGCGACUUCUUUAACAUCCUCAACGAGAUUAUCAUGACGAUGGUUUCCAUGAUCAUGUGGUACUCUCCUAUCGGCAUUGCCUCCCUGAUCGCCGGGAAGAUCGCCGCCAUCGGAAACCUGGAGGUUGUGGCCAGGCAGCUGGGCAUGUACAUGGUGACCGUCAUGGUGGGCCUGUUGAUCCAUGGCUGCUUCAUCCUACCCGCCAUAUUCUUCGCUAUCACCAGAAAAAGCCCUUUUACUUUCUACCAAGGGAUCUUCCAGGCCUGGAUCACGGCUCUGGGCACCGCCAGCAGUGCAGGAACGUUACCUGUCACUUUCCGCUGCCUGGAGGAAAAUCUGAAGAUUGAUAAGCGUGUAACUCGCUUCGUGCUGCCCAUCGGAGCCACCAUUAACAUGGACGGCACGGCGCUGUAUGAGGCCGUGGCAGCCAUCUUUAUCGCCCAGAUGAACGACAUCUCCCUGGACACCGGACAGAUAAUCACUGUCAGUCUGACUGCCACCCUGGCCAGUGUGGGAGCCGCCAGCAUUCCCAGUGCUGGACUGGUUACCAUGCUGCUGAUCCUGACGGCUGUGGGGCUUCCUACUCAGGACAUCAGUCUGCUCAUCGCCGUCGACUGGCUGCUUGACAGAAUGCGUACCUCCAUCAACGUGGUGGGCGACUCGUUCGGCGCCGGCAUCGUGGACCACUUGUCGAAGGCCGAGCUCGCUGAAAUCGACGCAGCGGAAAUGCGAAUGCUCCAACCGGAGGAGCUCGAUUUCAUCCCCCCGCCACCGAUCCUUGAAGGGAUCGACCUGAUCGACCCCUUCAAACCGCCCGAGCUGCCCCGCUCCCCUCGCCCGCCCAAACAAAACCACCACGGCCCCGUUCCCUCCCAGUCCCAGUCCAUCACUUACUCUCCGUCCCGCUCUGUCCGAUCUCCGUCACCUCGCUCCAUCCGCUCUCCCUCCCCGCGCUCUGUCUGCUCCCACUCCCCCCGGCCUUUCCGCACUCAUUCACCACGCAUCCUCCGCAGGACGGAGGCGGGCUACUGCGCCCUGCCCAGCCACGACAACCAGGUUCCCACAAUGCCUCGCACCUACAGAGAGAGAGAGAGAGACAGGGAACGGGAGCGUCUGAGGCAAGAGAGUGAAACCGAAGAGGAGGAGAGAGAGAGGGUUCUGGGUGAAAUAAGCGACGGCGAGGAGAGCGAUGACACUGCUUACGAUCGGAGGCAGGCCAUGCCCCAGAGCGACCUGCCAUGAUCAGAUUUUUACCACCCAAAAUAAAUAAUAAGCCUUCCCA